CUUACUGCGCAUGUGUGCCAAAUCCUGGAGAAAAAGAUUCGCGUUCGCGGGAGACUUUUCCUGAUUUCUGGGCGAUUUCUGAGCCUCUAAAAACACAAACAGAGGAAAGGACGACACUCAAGUCUUUGAAGAGGAGGUAGCACCAAAUAUCCACGCCGAGUGUGCGAUAGAAAUCGAUAACCAUGCAGACGACAGUGCCGGUGAAUGUUCCCAACGUCCCGCCGCCCAACAAGACGUGGGAACUGAGCCUGUACGAGCUGCACCGCACGCCGCAGGAGGCCAUCACUGACAACACAGAGAUCGCCGUGUCUCCGCGCAGCCUGCACAGCGAACUCAUGUGUCCCAUCUGCCUGGACAUGCUCAAGAACACCAUGACUACCAAGGAGUGUCUGCACCGGUUCUGCCAGGACUGCAUCAUCACAGCGCUCCGCAGCGGGAACAAGGAGUGCCCCACCUGCCGCAAAAAACUGGUGUCCAAACGCUCGCUCAGACCGGACCCCAACUUCGACGCUCUCAUCUCUAAGAUCUACCCUAGUCGUGAUGAAUACGAGGCCCACCAGGAACGCGUGCUGGCCCGACUGAACAAGCACCACAACCAGCAGGCACUCAGCUCCAGCAUCGAGGAGGGCCUCAAGCUGCAGGCACUCAACAGAGCCCAGCGUGUGAGGAAACAUCUAGAAGAGCCCAGCGGCGGGGACCUCGGACAGCCACGGAAAAGACCCAAGACUGGAUCAGACGAGUCUGGGCCAGAACAGGAGACUCACCACUCAGGAGGAGAGAAUUUCUGUGACCCACCAGAACCCUUGAAUGAGGUGGAGUUGGUUUUCAAGCCGCACCCCAACAACCACGAAGACUCAGAGCAUGGUAGUCAAACAAGCCCUACUGACAUGACUGAAUCCGCUGCACGUUCUCUCAGUGGAUGGCAACCUACUAGUGUCCCACCAACACCCGAAGCUGUGAACGAGAUUGAGUUAGUCUUCAAACCACAUCCCUCACCCACAGCUUCUAAGGCUGACAAUCAGACAAGCAACCGAAAAUUCACCCGAAAGUACAUAAAGACGACAGCCAACGCUACAGUGGAUCACCUAUCCAGGUAUCUGGCCAUGCGGCUGGCCCUGGAGAAACAGAAGGAAGAGGUAGCCGGUCCGCCCAGUGUGGGGACUGAGGAGCCACAGUACACCAUCUACAUAGCACCCACACCUGGGCAGUUUGUGGCGUUGACGGGAGGUAUGAGCCUGGAAGCUGUGAAUGAGAAACACUGGAAGGUGAACAGACCACUGGAGAUGUACUACUCACUCAAGAAAUGAGCUCUUCAACCCGGGAGUGUCUACUAGUAACUAAUUCAUGUUCUUAGCAGGGCUCUUGCCAGCUUGAAAUUAUUUUCCAUCAGCCCAGGUUCAUAAUUCGUAUUUUCAAGCUUUCAAAAAUGCAAUUUCCUGCAUUUUGAGAGGCAAAUCAUGGUGUUGAGAGAGGUUGUCGGUGGUCCUUCGGAUGUUUUCAUAUUUUUGACCAAGGUUUUUGUUAAUUUUGUCUGUCAAAGUUGACGGAUUGGUUUAAAAAGAAUUCCGUCACACGCCGCAAUGUUCUUGUAAUUGACAGAAAAACUGGUGCUGGCUAGUGCCCUGUUCUUAGUUGUCCUGAAGAAUCCAUCAAGGAGCAUACAAGUCUUUUACUUCAGCUUGAAAAAUUUUCUUUUUUUACAUGUUCUUCCCAAGCGCUUAAUAUUAAAGGCAUCCAAUGCGAUUUCAGGGCAGCAAA